CCUUGACAGUGAGUGCAGCGUGGUGGGGGUCGUGGUCCCCUCCGGCAACAUUGAAGGCCAAGCUUGCCUUGAGUGGUUAGGUCACGUCAGGUGACGGGAGACUGCCAGCAGGGAGUAGUUUGCGCUGCCUCGUGAAGUCAUCACGGCGCGACAAGGAAUCAGCUGCACCGCACUUCGGACACUCCGCAUGCAGCAAUACCACCGGGUUCAUUCCGAAUGCGGGAAGUGCCAGACGCUCUCCUCGGCGGGCUCCAUCACUAGUCUCCACCUAGUCUGCGCGGCUGGCGGCGCCCAAUUUUCUACUUUGUACAUACAUUAUUUUGUAUAUACUAUACAUGAUGACUUCGGUAAGCAGUGAUCGUUGCCGAGGAGCUCGGGAAAAAACACAGAUUUCAGCAACACAGGCAACACAACCACAGAAACAGGUGGUACAGGCAACAGCCGAACAGAUGCGUCUCGCUCAAGUGAUCUUCGAUAAGAAUGAUUCAGAUUUCGAAGCUAAAGUUAAACAGCUUAUGGAAGUGACAGGAAAAAAUCAGGAUGAAUGCAUAGUGGCCCUACAUGACUGUAAUGGAGAUGUGAACAAAGCUAUCAAUAUAUUGCUGGAAGGAAAUUCAGAUACGACAUCAUGGGAAACUGUUGGGGGAAAGAAAAAGAAUUUUGGAAAAGAGAAUUCAGAAAACAAAGAGAACAGAGAGAAGAAAAUAGAGAGAGAAGCAAGUCGUGGACGUGCAAACAACAACCGGAAAGGAAGAGGUGGCAAUCGAGGCAGAGAAUUUAGAGGUGAAGAGAAUGGAAUUGAUUGCAACCAAGGGGAUAAGCCUUCAGACCGAGGCAAGCGAGCUCGUGGCAGAGGAUUUGGACGUGGCAGAGGGAGAGGGGCAGGGAGAUUCUUAACCCAAAGCAUGGGGACAUUUAAUCCUGCGGAGUAUUCAGAUUCUACAUCUACAGAUGGCUGUGGAACAAAGCUAGUAGUUUGGGAAGCUGCUCAGAAUGGUGGGGAUGAGGGACCUGAAAUGGUAUCAAAGGCUCAUAGUAUAGCUCAAGAUCUGCCAAACAAAACUUCAUAUGGACUCAAAGCAGGUGCCUGGAAGAAUUCUGUGGAGGAGUGGACAGCAGAAGACUGGACUGAAGAUCUUUCUGAAACAAAAGUCUUCACUGCCUCAUCUGUUCCAGCAGAGAAUCACAUCACACCUGGGCAAAGUAUCGACCUUGUGGCCUUGCUCCAGAAGCCCAUUCCUCCCAGUCAGACCUCAGAAGUCACCUCCUUUGACACCUCUCAGCAGCAGGGCUUUGGCCAAGCCCUUGUCUUCACAAAUUCUCAACACAACAAUAAGAUGGCACCGGGAACUAGCAACUCCACUGCUACCAAUUCUUACUCUCCUCAGAGUCUGUCAUCGGUCCUGGGGUCAGGAUUUGGAGAGCUUGCACCAUCAAAAAUGUCAAACAUAACCAGCUCCCAGAUUUUGGAGCAGUUGAAUACUUCGAGUUUGAGCCAGUUUACUGCCACCCCAAGUUCACAGCAGAAUAGUACUAGCUCCCCCACAACUACGACAUCUUGGGACCUCAAGCCCUCAGUAUCCCAGUCUGCAGUCCUUAAUCAUUUUGAUUUUAAAUCUCAGCCGGAACCAUCCCCAGUUCUUAGCCAAAUGAGCCAGCGACAGCAGCACCAGACCCAGACAGUCAGUGUUCCUCCUCCUGGUCUGGAGUCCUUUCCUUCUCAGGCAAAACAUCGAGAUUCAGCACCUGGAAAUGGUACCUCCACUGUGAACAAACUCUUGCAGCUUCCUAACACAGCUGUGGAAAAUAUCUCCAUACCUGCUCACCAGCCACAGCCCAAACACAUCAAACUCCCGAAGCGUCGGAUACCUCCAGCUUCUAAGAUUCCAGCUUCUGCAGUGGAAAUGCCUGGCUCAACAGACAUCACAGGAUUAAAUGUUCAGUUUGGGGCCCUGGAAUUUGGAACAGAACCUUCUCUCUCUGAGUUUGGAUCAGCUCCAAGUAGUGGAAACAGUAAUCAAAUUCCUAUCAGCUUAUAUUCGAAGUCUGUAAGUGAUCCUUUGAAUACCUCUUUACCAAUGACCAGUGCUGUACAGAACACCACCUAUACAACUUCAGUCAUUACCUCCUCUAGUCUGACCAGCUCAGCCCUGAGCUCUAAUAGCCCAGUAACAACGUCUUCCUCCUAUGACCAGAGUUCUGUGCAUAAUAGGAUCGCAUACCAAAGCUCUGUGAGCCCCUCAGAGUCAACUCCAGGAACUAUCACAAAUGGACAUGGUGGUGGACGAAGUCAGCAAACACUAGACACUACUACUUCAUCCGUUCCAGCUCCAAAGACAGCAGAUCCUCCCUCCACCCUCCCGUCUGUGGGCUCCCUGCCCAGCACCACCUCCUGCACUGCGCUUCUGCCCUCUGCAUCCCAGCACACUGCCACUUUGCCCUCCUUGUCCCAGCCUGGUGACCUGCCCGGCAGUCCCCUCUCUCAGCUUAGCAGUUCCCUCUCGAGCCACCAGAGCAGCCUCUCCUCUGUGCCUACAGCCCGCUCCUCGAACACACCACACACAAUCCAUGUGUCCUGGCUUUUGUUUUGCCAGCAUGCCAGUGUGGAGAGCACCCCUCCCCUCCAGUCGUCGGUCACCUUCUCAACAGCAGCAACCCCUGCCUCGAGUGCCCAGUCCUCGGGUGGCAGCCUACCUGGGAGCAUGAGCACUGUGAGCAGCCUCUGCCUGGGCGGAACCACUGUGAGCGCACCCAGCAGCUGUACCAGGGCCACGCCCUUGGUGACCUCAGGCAAAGCACCUCCAAACCUGCCUCAAGGGGUGCCUCCCCUGCUGCACAACCAGUACCUCGUGGGCCCUGGAGGACUGCUUCCUGCCUACCCAAUCUAUGGCUAUGAUGAGCUCCAGAUGCUGCAAUCCCGGCUGCCAAUGGAUUACUAUGGAAUUCCUUUUGCUGCACCCACAGCCCUUGCCAGCCGAGAUGGAAGCCUAGCUAAUAAUCCAUAUUCAGGUGAUGUCACAAAGUUUGGCCGAGGUGAUUCUGCAUCUCCCGCACCCCCCACCACACCAGCUCAGCCUCAGCAGAGCCAAUCCCAGGCCCACCACACAGCCCAGCAGCCCUUUCUGAAUCCUGCACUGCCACCUGGCUACAGCUACACCGGCCUCCCCUAUUACACAAGCAUGCCCAGUGCCUUCCAGUAUGGGCCCACUAUGUUUGUCCCACCAGCCUCUGCAAAGCAGCACGGUGUGAACCUCAGCACCCCUCCCACCCCUUUCCAGCAGGCCACUGGUUACGGGCAGCACGGCUACAGCGCAGGUUAUGACGACUUAACCCAAGGGACAGCUGCGGGAGACUACACCAAGGGUGGCUAUGGCGGAUCAUCACAGGCACCAAACAAGUCCACUGGUUCUGGGCCUGGCAAAGGAGCAUCGGUGUCUUCAAGCGCCGCUGGCCUCCCUGAUAUGACUGGUUCGGUCUAUAACAAGACACAGGCCUUUGACAAGCAGGGAUUUCAUGCAGGCACGCCUCCCCCUUUCAGCCUACCUUCAGCUUUGGGCUCUACGGGAGCCCUAGCUCCUGGAGCCGCCGCUGGCUAUGCACCCCCACCCUUCCUGCAUAUCCUGCCGGCCCACCAGCAGCCCCACUCCCAGCUGCUGCACCACCACCUUCCGCAGGACGCCCAGAGUGGCUCGGGUCAACGCAACCAGCCCAACUCCCUGCAACCCAAGUCUCAAGCUUCCAAACCUACCUAUGGGAACUCACCGUACUGGACAAAUUAGACUCCGAAGAGAGGGUGGGCUCUGGGGCCGGGCUUACCCUAGGCAGGAGAGAGCACUUGGAGCACAUUUCUGGGAGCCCAGUGCCCUUUCCUAGAAUUGAGACUUUAACUAUGUCAGCUGAGCCUCUGUGGGGAGCCUGCCUCCCAGACUUGCUAUUGUAUGUAAUGUAAUUUAUGUAUGUAUUUGUAAAUGUGAUCGAAGCCUGAGGGAGUGGGGGUGUGGCUUCAGGUGGCAGCCAACUCUGCUCUCCUAAUUCAGACCCCCCCUCACUGUAGCCAGGCAAGCCCCUGUAGCUCUUCUGCCUCAGGCAUUCCACAUGGCCCCCAGUCCCCAGAGCUGCUAGUGGCAGCCACUGGAGGAUUAGUGCUGGCAGUUUUGAGUAUUGGGGUCAGGUACCAAUGAAGAAUCACGACUUAUCUCCCUUGUGAACCAUUAUUUGUUUUAUCCCUUCUGUAAUUACUUUAUACCUCUGUUUUUGAGAAAUUGGUCCUUUUGUCAUUGUCAGGGUCCCUCUUCCACCAAAUCAUCUGGGAAUAGCAGAGACAUCCCCUGCCCAACAGAAACCGGGGCUUCUGCUCGGUCCAGUCCUGUCCCUAGAGACUUGCCUUUUUCUGGCCGACCACUUAAAAAAUUUGAACUGGGUCUCAGAUGUUCAUCCAGUCAGCUCCCCUUUCACAAAAGAAUCAAAGAUCUGCUUCCACCUCAGUGAAAGCCCGUCUCCAAGUAAAGGCUCCUCCAUGCCAGUUGUCCUGCACCAGGCAGGCAACUGUUCCGGGGGUUUCCCCUUGCCCAGAUUCCACCUAAUAAAGUUCUGAGAGCAU